AGUAGACGUGUUUUCCAAUUAAAUCAGGCUUGAAUUUUUAAUUUGAAAGUUUCCAGGAGUGAACUUGUAUCUGUGUUGAUGAUCAUCACCAGACCGAAACUAACAACGUUAACUGUCAUCGCUACCGCCUUAGUGACACUACCACACCGCCACCGCACCGGGUCGGGAGUUUUAAGUGCGCCGUAAAAAGUGUUUGAUUUUUUGGCUCAAUUAAUAGUGAAGUCCUUUUUUUUUUUAUUAACAAGUCCUCCCAGGGGCUUCAAAUCCCGAGAAUAGAAAAAAAAUCCUUAAAUUAAAACAAAGAAAGGACGGAUAAAAAGUGAAGAAGAAAAGUAAAAAAUCUAAGAAAAGUGCUGUGUUUGUGGAGUUCUCGAACUUCUUCCGCACCAACUGUUUUAAAAUAUUCACAAAGUCAUUAAAAAUUUAAUGGAUUGAGGAUACUCGUCGCUGUCGGCCUCAACAUAAAAAGGAUAAUUCAAGACCAACUAUGACGACGCGGCUAGCAAGUCAUCCAGGAAGUUGAUGCCAUUCUCAUCCAUAAAUCACUUGGAAACGUUUUUUUUUUGUUGGCGUUUUUGUUUCUGUACACAAAACCUUAACAAAUGUGGAAUAAUAAAAAAAAACUGCCAACCAGAGAUCAUUGACAGGAUAGCCACCAAGCCAUCAGCCAGCAUCCGAAAUCAGAAAUGUGUGGUGGUGCAGCAACUACUCCAGCACAAAUCUGUGACGAGCAGGGAGGCUUCAUUUGGCGAAAAUCAACUAGAGACACAACAUCGUCAACAACUCACCCAACCAGACAAAGAUUCAACAAUAAAAUAACCCGCCCAUCACAAGCGCGACAUCAAACGAGUCCAAGGAGUGUGAUUUAUUUUUGAAAAUUUCAAUUUAAAAAAUAAAACUAAAAAAAUUAAUAAAACGAAUAAAAGAAAAAAGUGAAGAAUCAAGAAAUAAUGCGCGACGGUCGAUGCAGUGAAUAACUCAUAAAUGAAAAUCGAUGCGAGUAUUAAUAAAUCAAAAGAUAUUAAAGUGCCAUAAGGAAGGGAGGGACGCCAUCGACAACGAGUGAAUUCGCGGUGGCUAUACCUACCGAGACGACGACGCGACGACAAGCAAAGCAAUUCCGAAGUUCAAAAGUUAUUAAGUGAUAUCCGCCAACGCACGCCGGCCGAGCCACCACCUUCCGCGCCGCCUCCGCCACCGCUAGUUGUCUGCCGCCGGAAUUAAUAUUUGCAUUUUAUGAUUAAAUUGUGACUUUAAUGUGCAUCAAUCAGAAGUGGAAUAGGUAGUCGCAAUGUUUCUGUUAACGGUGGUAAAAUUGAUAUUGAUAGCAUUGAACAUCUUUCCCCAUCGUUUCACCAACCGGAAGGUUAUGUUUGUGAUAUAUUUGACCAAUCUGGUGACACAUGUUAUGAUGGAUGAACCACGUUUUGCUCAACCUAUUCCAAACGUAACAGUUGCCGUAGGACGUGAUGCCAAUUUGCCUUGUGUGGUGGAACAUCUUGGAACUUACAAGGUAGCAUGGAUUCAUAUUGACAGACAAAUGAUUCUGACAAUUCAUCGACACGUCAUCUCUCGGAUACCACGCUACAGCAUAACAUACGACAACGCAAAUACAUGGCUGCUGCAUGUCAACCAAGCCCACCAGGACGAUCGAGGAUACUAUAUGUGUCAGGUUAAUACGAACCCCAUGAUUAGCCAAGUUGGCUAUCUGCAAGUUGUUGUUCCACCAAAUAUCCUGGACAUCGAAAGCACACCAUCAUCGGUUGCUGUUCGUGAGAAUCAAAAUAUAAACAUGACAUGUCGGGCGGAUGGUUUUCCUGCUCCAAAAAUUAUCUGGAGACGUGAGGAUGGUGAGGAAAUUGCUGCCGAAAAGAAGAAGAAAGGUAAAGUUUUAGUGUACGAUGGAGAGAUCCUGCCUCUGACAAAAGUUAGCCGAAACGAGAUGGGAGCGUAUCUGUGCAUAGCAACAAAUGGUGUCCCUCCAUCUGUGUCCAAAAGGAUUAUCUUGGAUGUUGAAUUUUCACCGAUGAUAUGGGUACCAAAUCAACUUGUUGGGGCACCAGCUGGCACUGAUGUUACUAUAGACUGUCAUACGGAAGCACAUCCAAAAGCGAUUAUUUAUUGGGUAUACAACUCGGUGAUGGUGCUUCCGAGUAAAAAGUACAAAACAGAUUAUACGGAAAAUUCAUAUCGAGCGCACAUGAAGUUAACGAUAAGAAAUUUACAAUACGGAGACUUUGGCAACUAUCGAUGCAUCUCGAAGAAUUCGCUAGGGGAAACAGAAGGAUCAAUACGAGUGUACGAAAUCCCACUGCCAUCGUCGCCAUCGAAGCAAGUUACACAUGCAGUUGUUGAGCCAAAAGAGAAUAAUAUAAUUCCUCAUCGAAAUGAGACAUCUAAAGUGAUACAACCGGAGGUAUUUCCAAUGAAAUCGGAUUUGCUUGGAAGUCCAGGAGGAACGGGUGGGAGUGGCGGAUCAUUGACGUCUGGUUCGAGCUCAUCGUCAUCAGCAUCUGGAGGGUCAAUAGAUAGAAAAGGGUCACUGGCGAUAGGAAAGAGUAUGUUUUAUACGGAAAAUCCACCAAAGGAGUACGGACACUCCUCGAAAGCUGCAUCAAAACUAGAUGAUAGAUAUUUUUCUAAAGUCAGCAGCAUUUGUCUAUUCGGAUUGAUUACACUUUACGUUCGCCUGCAGUUAUAAAACACAGUUACUUUCUAUUAAAACAAACAAAUAGCAUGUAAAAUAUAAUAUUGUUAUCAUAUUUGGCUAUUUACUAUAAUUACUUGCUAGAUAAGUCCUAAACAGACAAAUUAUUUGAUUUCUUUUUUUAAUUAUUAUUAUUAAUUUUGAAUACUUUAGUUUCAUAGCUUUAUGUACAUACCCAAAACAAAAACUAGUUCAUAAGGUACCUAAUAUUAUUUUUAAACAAAAUUUUGCUCAUAGAUUUUAUAUUAGAAAUUCUGACAAAUAAUAAUUAAAUUUAACUUACAUAUAACAUAGUACGAUUAUUAUUAAUAUAUUAAAUUUUAAAAAAAAGUAAAGCUAGGCUUUUUAUCGGAUUAACUGUAUAGACAAAAUUAUUUGAAUUAAAAUAAAAUGAUCGGAAAUUAAUGAACAUUGUAAAGAAAGAUUUAGGACAAAACUAUAAGAAAAUAUAAAUAAAAAUAACAAUAAAUUGUUACAAAUAAUUGUGCACCGAAGGAAUUAAAGCUUAAAAAUAUUGAAAUCAAUAUAAACAAAAAAAUAAGGAAAACUAAGAUAAAGGCAACUUUGAAAGGGUCAAACCAAAAUAUCAACAUCAUAUACCUGAUGGAAAUUAAUGCAUCUUAAAGUAUUAAAAGCAUUUUAAUAAUUUAAAACAUAUCUCCCUCAAACAUAUCAAGUGCUUACAUUUUUGGAAUUUCACUUUUUUUUUACAUACAUACAUAAUUAGACCUUAAAAAAAAGAAACUGUUUUAUAUUCCAAGCAUAUCCUUUAUUGCCUCAUUUAAAUACCAUGAUAAAAAGGUACAAGCUGAUAUUUGAAGCGUUUCGCUGAGUUGCGUUGUGCGAUGGACGAAGAAUGGACGGACGAUGGUAUAGCGAACAUUUAUGACAAUUAUUUAACACAACAUCCUAUUAAUAUCGUCACAGCAUAUAUACACUAUACAGUAGCAUUGUAAUGCAACAAUGGCGCACAAUCGUUCGUCCUGUUCAAUAACAGUAAAUUCACGUUUUCCAUCCAUCAAACCGGAGCAGAACAUGGAAAACGGCAGUUACACACAGUUAACCGGAAAUGAAUUGUACAUCCUUUUAAAUCACAAGAGACCGCAUCAUGAUCUGCCACCGAACUGAACCACACCAACAUUCUUGCCCACACCAUAUAAGACCCAUUCAACAACAGAACCAGAACCAGAACCAGAUCCACACUGCGGAUGCGGAAAUUAUGACCAUGAUGAAAAUGUAUAUAGAUAGCCGUAUUAUUAUUAUACAUAUAUUUAUAAUUACGUUAUAGUUAUUAUAUAAAUUUCUUUCCACCAGUACACCAAUAAUGUAAUUAUUAUUAAUUCCUGUUGCUUGCUCGCGUUUUUUAAGUAAUGUAAUUGGCUGUGGGUUGAAUUUUAUUCUCUUAGCAUGAAAGCAACAUGAGUAUCAAAAUAAAUGAAGCUUAAGGGCCAAACAAGCCAAAAUGAUUUAUCGAUAGUUGUUUACAGACAGACAGACAAAAGGAUACAUUAUUAUUAACAGUAAAUAUUUAUCAUCUGAGACGUUCCAUUCUUCCAUUAAUUCAACAAACAAAAAAAUCAAUAAAAUAAAAAUAAAUAUUAACAAAAAAAAAAAAAAACAAAAUCGGAAUUCAGAUGCCAACAAAAAAUAUUUAAAGACAAGUAAUCAAUUAUUUUUAAUUAUAAUGUAGUGCAUUAAGUACUUACGUAUAUAUAUAUAAAAAUAAAGAACUCAAUUAAAAUGCAUGAGAAAGUGUAUUAUAUAUUCAAGCAAAAAAAAAAUUAUAUCAGUUUUUAAGUGAAACAUAAAAAUGUAAAGUCUUAAAUUUAAGCAAACCAAAAAUCAUGACAAAUACUUAAAUAUACUUGUAAAUAUAAUUAGACUCAUAUUGUUGCCUAAAGUUAAUAUAAAUUAAUUUUAUUUUUAAAAAACAAAAAAUUAGAAUCAAAUAUAAUGACACAAAAAUUAAAUUUCUAUUGAUUUUGUAAAGAAAAAAAAAAAAAACAAAUAUAUACAAAU